ACCCCGCCAGCCCAGCCGGCUGCUGCUGCUGCUGCUGCUGCUGCUGCUGCUGCUACCACUUCUCCCGCCACCACUGCCGCCACUACCCCGGCAGGAACGUCGGCAGCGUCUAGCGCCAGUGCCUCCCCCAACCGCCGGCGCGGCGGCUCUUGGAACUGGGGGAACCUGGGGCGAUCGCUCAUUGGGGCCGUGCUGGGCCCCGGGGCGAUUGGGGGGGAGGAUGGAGGAGGGGGCGGCGACCGGGCAUUGGAGGCUGGGGCGCGGAGGGGGAGGUUCCGCGAGCUUACCCCGCACGAGAUGCACCAGACCCCGGAGGGGAAGUUCAGCGUUUCCGUUUGGAGGAAGAACAAGCAGGACGCCGAGCCCGUCGAGGUGUCGGUAGGAGUGUACGACACCGCGUACGAGGGACAGAGGGCCGCAGAAUCGUUUUCUCCACCGCUCUGGCAGGAGCCCGGGAAAGACUCGAGAUGCGCGGUGUGCGACUCUACCUUCGGGUACGUGCUCAAGAGGAGGCACCACUGCCGCAACUGCGGCCGCCUGGUAUGUUCCGCGUGCGCGGAGAGGUUCUGGCCGCGAAGCAUGCUUCCCCCGACGUACAACGUGGACACCAGCGAAAAGAAGGUGCGAGUGUGCAGCAGCUGCUACGGCGCCGGGGAGGACUUCAGGAAGGCGUGUUUGUCAGGGUCGGAGGAAGGGGCCAUGGCGGCGUUCAGCACCGGCUGCGUUAACCUUCGAGUGCCGUACACGAUCUACCACAACGAGCUGCCUGUUCAUUGCGCCGCCUCCGGUGGCAACCUGAACAUCCUCGCCUGGCUGGUUGAUGACCGAUGCUGCCCUCUCUUCCUCGACCGUGAGAAGAAGCGAUCACAUGCCACGUGGGUGGAGCGCACAGAACGAGUAUGCAUAGACGCACGAAAAAAGUGGAAACUUUUGAAAAGAUGGGGUCAUGAAUGCAUGAAUGGCCAUCUUUAUCAAGUAGGAUGGAAUUUUCUUUAA